AUAAUCAACUAGGUGACGUAACAAUUCGAGUACACUUUGAUCUCGAAAUUUCAUUCUCGAAGUUUCUACACGCUAGUGUCGGCGAGAAAAUUCUGAAAGGAUCUUUAGUUCACAAAUAACUGCUUCAAAAUGGCAUCCGCAAUCAAACGUCUCGUUCCAUUGUUCGACCGCAUCCUUGUCCAAAAGGCCGAUGCUGUAACCAAAACCGCUAGCGGUAUUGUUAUCCCAGAGAAGGCCGCCGCCAAGGUCUUGAGGGGAACUGUCGUCGCCGUUGGUCCAGGUGCCAGGAAUCAAGCUGGAGAUCAUAUCGCACCUCAGAUCAAAAUUGGAGAUGAGGUUCUUCUCCCAGAAUAUGGUGGCACCAAAGUGACACUUGCUGAGGACAAAGAACUCCACUUGUACAAAGAGUCUGAUAUUUUAGCCAAGGUGGACAGUUAAAUCUCGAGAAAAUUGCUACACGUUUAUUUCGUUUUAUACAAACAUUUUAUUACAAAACAUAUUAAAUGUAUUGUUUGUUAAAUGCC